UUGCAGUUACUGGAACGGGGAAACCUCAUUUGGUACGUGCGUGAUUAACAUAACGCAGUGCACCUAAUCCAGCGUGUGAGAACCAAUAGCAUUGAACUCCGGUGCCGUAGUAGUCAGAACUGUAGUGAGGAUAAGGAACAACCCGGAAAGGUGCAGUGUUAAUGUACAUUACGCAGAGCUUAAGAGAAAAGUUUCGCGUUGACAAAGGUUUACAGUUUCACUGACACUCGCCACUUCAAACAUCAUUUCUCCAGUUCUACAAGUCCCAGAGUGACCGUCAACGGCUCAUUUGAAAGAAUAUUAUAAAAUGGCACCUGGCCUCAACAAUAAAGAGAAAAAGGAUGGGGCGAGCUCUAAGGUAACUUCCAUCCACCUGUCAAAUCCCCACUUGAACUCAAUGAAAGAAGAUAUAUUGUACCAUUUUGACCUUGGGACCGGCAGCCAUGAUUUACCAGCAAUGUUUGGGGAUGUCAAAUUUGUGUGUGUUGGAGGGAGCCCCUGGAGAAUGAAAGCUUUUAUCCAGUACAUUGCUGGAGAACUGGGACUGGGAGACCCCAAUGCAGAUUAUCCUAACAUUUGUGCAGGAACUGACCGCUACAGCAUGUACAAAGUAGGGCCUGUGUUAUCAGUCAGUCAUGGUAUGGGCAUUCCUUCGAUUGCAAUAAUGCUACACGAGCUCAUUAAGCUACUGUAUCAUGCUAAGUGUACCAACGUCACAGUCUUACGCAUUGGGACAUCAGGUGGAAUAGGACUUGAGCCCGGUACAGUGGUCAUCACAAAGCAAUCUGUGGAUGCCCUGUUUAAGCCACAGUUUGAGCAGGUAAUUCUGGGAAAAACUGUAGUCCGCAGUACAGACUUGGAUGAAGAACUUGCGCAACAGCUGUUACAGUGCAGUAAGGAAAUAGAUGAGUUCCAAACUGUUAUUGGAAACACCAUGUGUACCACAGAUUUCUAUGAAGGUCAAGCUCGUCUGGAUGGUGCUUUCUGUUCAUACACUGAAAAGGAAAAGCUCAGUUACCUGAAGGAUGCCUAUGAAGCAGGCGUCAGGAAUAUUGAGAUGGAGUCCUCUGUGUUUGCAGCAAUGUGCAAACUAAGUGGUAUUCGAGCUGCUGUAGUGUGUGUGACCCUGCUAAACCGUCUUGAAGGGGAUCAAAUUUCCAGCUCUCACGAUUUGCUUGUCAAUUACCAGCAACGCCCACAGAAGCUAGUGGGGUACUUCAUUAAGAAACAACUACAAGUCUAGUGCUGAACUAAUGAUAGUAUUACAGUCUGAAUUUCAAUUAGAUAUUAGCUUAAAUAUUCUUCAUAUAUUUAGUUUGAUAACAAUUGUCUUUCAGGUGCAUAUUACUUAUUUUUGAUAUUAUUAAAAGAAGAGGCAGUUUUAUUUUAACAACCAUACACAAGAGGCACAGGACUCUAAUCCUUUCAAUUAUAGCUUUUAAAUAUGCUUCACUUCUAGAACAAUCAUGGUGCUGCAAUUCAAUACUGUAUUUUAACUCCAAGUUACUGUAGUGUUUGAAAAAUCAAUUUGUAAUACUGCUGUAUCUUAUGUGAAAAUAUGCAAAAGGUAAUGUAGAAUGUAUAUUGAUACAUAAAGUUAGUAAUAAUAGGUAGUAUGCACCAGAAAGACAGUUAUAUGUGUAUAUACAUAUAUAUUCUGUGCAUAUUUUUUACAUAUCCCACAAAUACCCUGAUAGAUCACUCACCUUGUAGGUCCGUAUUUGUUUUGAGACAACUUGUGAUCUUCAUUGAAACAUGUUGUGCAUCAAGUUGCUCUUGGUAAGUUAGAUGUUGAACAUUGUGCACCAAGUACGUCACGCCCCAAACAUAUUGCAAUUCUUCAGUAUAUGAAGUUCACUGAGCAAAACAUAAAAUAUAUUGUUCAAGGACUAUAUUACCUGAAACAAAACAAGAGGUGCACUCUGAAUGUAACUUCACACGACAGCCACUGACUCAUUGUGUGACCCUGAGCAAGUCACUCAACCUCGUUGUGCUCUGUCUUUCGGGUGAGACGUAAUAGUAAGUGACUCUGCAGCCGAUGCAUAGUUCACACACCCGAGUCUCUGUAAGUCGCUUUGGAUAAAGGUGUCUGCUAAAUAAACAAAUAAUAAUAAACAAAUAAUAACCAUAUAGAUAAAUACAUAAACAACCUGGCUGCAUGAAACAAGUGAACAGAAUAAUCGUCCACGAUUCUGGAGACCCUGACGGGUGUAAAAGGUGUCUAUUCAUACAAUAUUACAGAAAUGAAUGGGUCUAGCUAACUCAGAUCUUUCUGCACUAGUUUGUUUACUUAAGUUAAACCAUUAAAAAAAAACAUAAAAAAACAUGCACGGCUUUGCAGAAAUGAAUUAAACAGUGACAACAUUAAAACUCAACUUCCAUUAACUUUCAUUUUGGAGCAGUUCGGAUUUCUUAAAUCAGUGAAAAUUCAACCUUCAAUGAUAUAAUUUUGCAAUGAACUCAUCUUUAUGGUUGUUCCACUGGACAGGGCCUACGUUUAGAGCAGGGUUCCCUGCUUUCAAACCAGUAGCAGAUUUUCUCCUAGUCACUAGAGGGCACCCUAAUCACAUUUUCUUUAGAUCAGAGGAAGAAAAGACGACAGCUACACUCUGCAUCUCGUAACUAUGGCUUUCCGUAUUGCUUGCAGUCAGAACAGUUUAUCAAACUUAAACCUUGUUGUGUUUGAGCAAAUAUUUUGGGUCAAUCCACAACAUGACAUUGACUUAUUCGAGGCAGUUUACAAGUGGUUAAGUCUCUAGGUUAGGAACCACAAAGGUGACUGUUUGUCUGUUACAUUGGUGCGUGACUCCGAUUCUAACCGAGGUCUUACAGGUGAGGACUACUUUAACAGGCAAUGGACUGCCCUGCAGACAUGGACAGGUUUGAACCCUGUGUGUGAUGAGUUACGUUAACAAGACGGGCUGGGAACAGAAAGGCCAAUAUUUAACGCCAGGCCCCCACCUGUUACAUAACUAUUUUUUUUCAAUGUAAUGCCAAUGAUGCCCUAUUUUAUGGUAUCCAUAUUUAUAUCUGCCACCAUUUAGUUCAACUGAUGACCCUCUGGUGUUUUUUUUUUUUUUUUUUGCAUACCUUUUAAGAGAUGCUACGCCAGCAGUGUUUUGUUACUCUAAGCCUUAUUUUGCUCAAAUAUAUUUCUAAAUCAUCUUUCAUAUUACAAUUAUAAUGCCAGAGCUCUGGGGAGAUAGCGUAGGCACAGCCUGCCACACACAGGGCUUCACCAUGUAGAUGGUGUGUAAUAAAACUCCAAUUAAUACUACAUAAUGUGAUAAUAAAACCAGCAAGCCUUUCUCUUCAGAAUGUUAUGUUCAUGUUUGUGGAAUGUCUAAUAUUGUAAAACUAUAUUUUAGCGACAUUAUAGAUACUAUUGAUCAAUUAACACAUGAACAAACUUUACUAAUGUAUAAUUAUAUUCACCUGCUCUUUAUAAUCUUAAUAGUAUUUUAAAUCCUACACUUGCAUUUUACACCCUGACAAAAGCACUUUUGUGUCGAAAUGUUGGUGAUAUGUUUUUAUGAAUUAAAGAUAUUCAUUUUUGGAGCGCAA